AUAAAUUACUUACUAUGAUCACAUAUCCAACAGUGUACGAGUACAGGAGUAAUACAGCUGACUAAGUGAGCACAGUAUUAACUCGCUGUAAGGUUCAGCGAAUCUGUAGGCAUAAACUGAAAUGCAGAGCAUAACUUUCGUAGGAAAUAGGCUCACGGCAGGAUUCAUCUAUGUCAAUUCUUAAAGCUGCUAAAUAGCAUGUCUUCCAGUGCCGUUGUGCAUAGAGCUCCGGUAAGAAAGGUCGCUGUCUUUGGAGGAACUCACGGUAAUGAGUUAGCAGGGAUAUAUUUGGUCAAGCACUGGCAAGCGCACGGAGCUGAGAUCCAAAGGCCAGGAGUGGAGGUGAAACCAUUUCUGUGCAACCCAAGAGCUGUGGAGAAAUGCACUAGAUACAUUGACUGUGAUCUGAACCGUGUGUUUGACCUUGGUAGCCUUGGCAGAACAGUGGUGGAAGAUACUCCAUAUGAAGUGAGAAGGGCUCAGGAAAUCAAUCGGAUUUUUGGUCCAAAAGGUAGUGAUGAUGCCUUUGACCUUAUUUUUGACCUUCACAACACCACUUCUAACAUGGGUUGUACUCUUAUUCUUGAAAACUCCAGGGAUGACUUUGCAAUUCAAAUGUCUCAUUAUAUCAAGAACGCUUUGGCUCCAGAACCUGUUCCUAUUUUGCUGAUUGAACAUCCAACCUUGAAAUAUGCAACAACUCGCUCUGUAGCAAAACAUCCUGUUGGUGUGGAGGUGGGUCCGCAACCACAGGGUGUUAUUAGAGCUGAUAUUUUGGAGAAAAUGAGGAAGAUCGUGAAACAUGGUCUUGAUUUUGUGCAACUUUUCAAUGAAGGACAAGAAUUUCCACCAUGUACAAUUGAGGCUUACAAAAUAAUGGAGAAAGUAGAUUACCCCAGGAAUAAAAAUGAUGAAGUUAUUGCUAUUAUUCACCCUAAACUACAGGAUCAAGAUUGGCAGCCCCUGAACAAAGGCGAUCCUCUGUUUUUGACUCUCGAUGGAGAAGUUAUUGAAUAUAAAGGGGACAGUACUUUCUAUCCGGCAUUUAUUAAUGAAGCUGCAUAUUAUGAAAAGAAACAUGCUUUUGUAAAAACAGUCAAAGUAAAACUCACUGCAGAGCUCCUCAGAUCUGAGAUCAGAACAUUUAAAAGCUGCUGAUCGAUUUUAUGCACAAAGCGUAUAUCUCUCCUCUGUGAAAUUAAUUUUUAAAAAGUAGUAGUAUAUGGAAUAAAUGCAGAACCUAAUUUAAAGGAUUAAUUUAAUUGACAUUGCUGAGCACUUUUAAGACCAAAUCUACUGUCAUAACGCGAAUUAUGACUACCUGUUUACCCAUUCUAAUGGUUUACUAUGGAUACAAAGAAUAUUAUGGAGUUAAUUCAUACUAUAUAUAAAAUAUUUAAACAAUAAACCAUGAAUUGAUUAGCAGCUAUAAAACUUCUUUCAGAGUCACAUAUAAAUAUGCUUAUUCUGCAAAUUAGAUAUUAAAAAAAAAAACCAGAUUUUUUACUUUAUAACUCCAAAUCUAAGAUAACCCACACUUUAAAGACAGGGUGAUGCUUGAAAAUAAUUCCUCAGCUAACCCAUACAUGAGUUGAGACAAAAGAAAUAGGUUAGGAAGAAAGUGGGAGAGGGGAGUUGUGUAUUAAAAUUCCUUUGUAUUACCUGCACAUGCGACUAACCCCUCUUGCACCUAAGUGGAAGGCUUAAGGUUAAUUUUGUUCUGCUUUUUUAUGCUUAUAAAGAUACAAUACAUGCUAAAACAUGUAUUAUUUUUGAGGAAAAAAACACUAAAAUACCCUUUGAAACAAAAUAUUGUAAGAUUAAUACAAACUAUUUCUGAUUUAUCUUUAAAGACAAAUAAUUUUGAGAGCAUCCCAUACUUACAAACUUACUGGAGCAGGAUUCUACUUUUUAAAAAAAGGUGCUUAUCCUUUUUGCAAGGAUCUCUAUUGCAAUGAGAACACGAGUUGUUCAGAGUUUUUAAACACUUUUUAGCUGCAUCCACUUAACUACUUCUAACAUUUUUCCAAAUACAACAUUCAUCAACUGUUGUACCCAAAAGCCAUUAAAGGCAGCAGCAGGAUGAGCUAAAAUUAUCUGGAUUUUGCUGAAGAGCAAUGCACAGGUCAUAAGCAGGUAUCUCAGAGCAGAAAUUAAGAGGGAUUUUGUACUUAGAGACUUAGAAUUUCAAGACUCAGCUGUUCUGUAUUUGUAGAAACAAAUGCCAUCAGAGUGACAGAGAAGAGGAAGAAAAUAUGGAAUUAACAUUCUGCAAUUGUUUUAACGUAUUUGACAAUAAUCAGAGACAGAAAACAUGAACAGAAAACAUAACAAAACUUGACAAAUUCUGAAUACAUAAAAUAAUUAGCUAUUCACUAAAAGCCUCUUUGUGCA